AUGAACUUCAACGGCACCUGGAAAGUUUAUUCUGAGGAAAACCUUGAGGAGUUUCUCAAAUCCAUAGGUGCACCUCAAAUGAUUAUUAAAAUGCGUAAGGAAGUGAAACCGGUGAUCAUCAUAGAGCAGAACGGCAAAGACUUCACCUGCACCGUGAAGACUCCAGUCUGCACCAAAGUCCACUCGUUCAGCCUGGGAAAAGAGGCAGAAAUAACAACUGUGGAUGGAAGGAAGUUUAAGUGCAUUGUCAGAGAGGAGAACGGGAAGCUGAUAGCUGAAAAUGACAAGUUCACCUCAGUCAGAGAGAUUCAAGGGGAUGAAAUGAUCGAGACUAUCACUGCUGGCUCUAUAACCUUCACCAGCAGGAGCAAACGAGUCUGA